AUAACACAUUCUCUACACCCAAAUUAGCCAUAUAGAUAACAUGAAGUGGAAUGAUGGUUUAAACAGAGAUCUGUUUAUCUCAAUUGUCAUUUUUCUUGUUCUGAUGCACAUUGGCCAUUCAACAGUAUCCGUCUUGGCCCAACAAUCACCUUACAUUCAAGCUUAUACCUUCGUCGCCGAAUGUCACACUCCAAUAGCUGCAACUUCUUUACCUAAUGGCAAUCAAUGGAUUCCCCACAACAUCAGAGCCUCUGUCCGAAAUUCAGGUGAUCCUACAUCCCCUAGACUAUUAUAUGCCUGCAUCUUCCAAAAGCAGUCCAGUGUCCCAUUUUCAGUCCCUAGUGUCGGCAUGUAUUUCGUACGACUUUACUUCUAUCCAGCAAGCUAUGAAGAUCUGAGCAUGUCCAAAGCUUUGUUCUCUGUUAGCGUAGCCCAUUACACUCUUCUACGUACUUCGAGGUCCUCUUAUUCUAGCGAUCCAUCUAAUACUGAAUAUAUCAUCAAAGUAUUUUGUAUCAACGUGGAUGAUUUGGUGAUUAACAUAACUUUCACUCCAUCAAGAAACUCCCCUGGUGCCUAUGGAUUUGUGAACAAGAUUGAGAUAGUUUCAAUGCCCCAAGACCUCUAUUAUGUCCACGGAGGUGGUGUUUCAUUGCCCCUCAUUGGGCAUCAUUCCAAGUUCCUCACUAGGAAUUCUACAUCCCUUGAAAUGAUGUACAGGCUGAAUAUUGGCGGUCAUUCAAUCAACGCUGAAGAUGAUACAGGAAUGUCACGAGUUUGGUCAGAGGAUAGUCCGUACCUAAUUAAUCAAGCCACUGAUCAUUCUCAUAUCAUUGACCCAGAAGUUAAUGUCAGGUAUAGUUUGUCAGUACCAGCAUACACAGCGCCACUGACACUCUAUUCCACAGCUAGAACCACGAAGCCCAAUGAGUAUUACAAUCUGACAUGGCACUUUCCUCUUGAUGGCAGUUUUUGUUACCUUGUUAGGCUCCAUUUUUGCGAGGUUGUAAGGGAUAUUUGGCAUGCCAAUCAAAGGGUUUUUCAAGUUUAUUUAGAUGGGCAAACUGCUGAGAAUCAUGCUGACGUGAUAUAUUGGAGUGGUGGAGUUGGCAUUCCAGUGUACAGAGAUUACAUUGUUAAUUUUACAGGAUAUAGCCAAAAGAAGUUGUUCUUGUCCUUGGCAUUACAGAGCACAAAAAGGUUGAAUGGUCCAAUCUUAAAUGGCUUGGAAAUCUUCAAGCUAUCAGACCAUGCCUACAAUCUAGCAGGGCCUUUUCCAUUUGGAAAUAAAGCAUUGUCAAAGAGAUUAUCGAAUAAUGAUUUAAAUAUAGUAUUAAUUCUAGCUGUGUUGUUAUAUGGUAUUUUUCACUUACCGUGUCUAUGGUAUGCUAUGUCGCAGUUGCCAAUCAGAUGGUGCUCAUUACUAGUGGUUUCUCUUUUACGAGUUCACUCGAAUCGACAAAGGAAAGCCUUUAAGCAAUUGGCAUCAUCAGAUCACUGUCGUUAUUUCACACUUGUUGAGAUUAAAGCAGCUACAAAUAACUUCUCUAAUGCUAAUUUAAUUGGUGUUGGUGGAUUUGGCAAGGUCUAUAAGGGACACAUCAACGAUGGUGCCACCUUUGUCGCGAUAAAACGUGGGAGUCCAACCUCGCAUCAAGGUCUACACGAGUUCCAGACUGAGAUCACAAUUUUAUCAAAACUCAAGCACGGUCACCUUGUCUCUCUGAUUGGGUAUUGCAUUGAUGGAGAAGAGAUGAUACUUGUAUAUGACUUCAUGGCCCGGGGUACCUUACGUGAUCACCUAUAUAAUACCGAGAAGCCCCCACUUCCGUGGAGACAAAGACUCCAGAUUUGCAUUGGUGCUGCACGGGGCUUACAGUACCUUCAUGCUGAUUCAAAGCAAACCAUUAUUCACCGCGAUGUGAAGACAACAAACAUUCUCUUAGAUGAGAAAUGGGUAGCCAAGGUUUCAGAUUUUGGGUUGUCCAAAUUUGGGCCUAACUUCAUGUCUCGCACUCAUGUUAGCACUGCAGUGAAGGGUAGUUUCGGGUACAUGGAUCCAGAAUACUACCGUCGUCAAAAGUUGACAGAAAAGUCUGAUGUGUACUCUUUUGGUGUAGUAUUGAUGGAAGUAUUGUGUGCUAGACCAGCAAUCUUACCAAUGGUGGCGGAAGAGGAGGAAGAGAAGUUGGAACAAAUCAGCUUGGCUGAGUGGGCUUUGCAUUGUCAUCAACUAGGGACCCUUCAUCAGAUCAUGGACCCAUUUUUGAGGGGAAAGAUUGACCCAGAAUGUUUCAAAACAUUCACAGAAGUAGCAAAGAAGUGUUUAUCAGACAAGGGAAGUGAACGACCCACGAUGGGUGAUGUGCUAUGGCGCUUGGAAUUAGCACGACAACAACACGAAGCUAAUGCAGUGGAGGAAAAAAUGUGUUUUGAGACGAGUGAUAGAACUACAAGUGAGACUUUUGUGACCAUUGACGUUGGCAUUGGAAAUUCAGAUCCAACACCCGGAGUUGAAUUUUCUGAGCUCCUGGCCCCAGUUGGUCGUUAAAAGAAUUGAUCAAACAUAUCAAAUAGUAGGGUCUAUCACGGGCGAGACGACUACACUUAUAUUGCUCUGGUUUUUCGUAUUUUUUAGUAGGUGGUUCUGCGAUUCAUUUUGUGUUUGUAAAAUUUUGUUUUUUUCAUAU